GAUCUCAAGAAGUAUUUCUAUCUUUUUUUUCUAAAACAUAAGAAGAAAAUGUUGGGUUCAAGUAGUGGAUGCGAGUCAGGAUGGACUCUGUACUUAGACCAGUCUGUUUCUUCACCAACACCUUCUUGUUAUAGAGAUAUCAAUGGGUUUGAAAACAGAAGAAGAAGCAAAGAUUCAUGGGACCAAAACUACGUGCAUCAAGGAGACGAAGAAGAAGAGGAAGAAGACGAUUUGUCUAUGAUUUCAGAUGCUUCUUCUGGUCCAAGGAAUAUUUCCGAGGAAGAUUCUGUGAAGAAAACAAAUAUUGUUGGUCUCAAGAAACAAUGCAAGAGAGAAAAGAAAAGAAGAGAUUAUGAGAAAAUGAACUCAGUUCUUGAUGAUACUGCUAGUUCUCCUCUUUUCAAUUUCCCUCAUAUAUUGCAGAAAAGUGUUGGUGGUAAUAAGAUAGAGCAAAACUUUCCAGAAAGUACAUUGGAUUACUCACAAGGCUUCUCGGCUACUCAGUUUCAGGACAAAACAGCAUUCCAAGAGCAGUAUGGUUAUUUGCAUAUGGAAACCAGAUUCUAAAUAACAAGUAAUUAUAUAAUAUUUCUGUAGAUGUUCACUACUUUGUUUAUUCUUACUUUAUGAAGAAUAUAUCCAAUCUGACUAAAACGUUGAAAUUAGCAGGUGAGGAUCAAACUGAUGAAGAGCAGCUAUUUUGGACAUUUGUGAAGCUUUUAUGGAUUUGAGUAAUCAUUAAAGUGAAUCUUAUAGU